CGCAGGUGAUGAGAUGAUUGACAGAUACAGAACAGCCGAGACACGAGCGAGAUGACGCGACGCGCGCGCAGCUGACGGACACAACACACACAUAUAUGACCAGUGACUGACAGACUGAGUGCAUUAUGAAGGAGAACCGGUCCUGUGCGUGUCUCCUGGACUGCCGUCGGUCGAGCCACAGCGACGCACCCCCCCCUUUCAGACACCGAGCCAACGGGGCAGUGGGCGCCCUGUGCAACAGUCCCAACUGCAUGCUGGAGGGCCCGGAUCAGGCCCGGAAAGGACCGGACCAGAGCCGGAGCGGGGCCGGAAAGGUGCUGGUCACAGGAGGAGCCGGGUACUUCGGGUUCAGGCUGGGCCGGACUCUAGCCGGACAAGGGGCCACGGUCCUAAUGCUGGAUCUCCUCAAGCCGCCCUGGGAUAUCCCAGAUGGAGCCGUCUUCCAGCAGAUUGAUAUCCGGGAUUAUGAUGCCCUGUAUAAGAUCUGUGCGGGAGUGGACGUUAUAUUCCACACCGCUUCCUACGGGAUGUCCGGUCCUGAACAGCUGAAGAGAAAGCAGAUUGAAUCAGUCAAUGUUGGCGGCACGAACAAUGUCAUAAACGUCUGUACGGAGCGGGGCAUCCCGAGACUCGUCUACACCAGCACAGUGAAUGUGGCGUUUGCUGGCAGACCCAUUGAGGAUGGAGAUGAAGACUCAGUUCCCUGCGUGCCGCUGGACAUGCACAUAGACCAUUACUCCAGGACUAAAGCUAUCGCCGAACACAUGGUGCUCGCGGCCAAUGGAAGACCAACAAAAGGUGGUGGUCUUCUACAGACAUGUGUCCUACGCCCCUCUGGUAUCUACGGUCCUGAAGAGAGAAGACAUUUACACAGGGUGAUGGUGAAUGUGGAGAGGAGGUUGUUCAGCUUCUGUUUUGGAGACCCUAAUGCCAAGAUGAACUGGGUGCAUGUGGAUAAUUUGGUGACGGCUCAUGUCUUAGCAGCAGAAGCACUCACUGCGGAGAAAGCCUUUGUGGCGAGUGGACAGGCCUACUUUAUCAAUGAUGGGGAGUCUGUCAAUGUCUUUGAAUGGUUGACACCUUUGUUUGAAAGACUGGGUUACGGUCGGCCGCUGAUUCACCUUCCUGUGUCUCUGGUCUACUCAGCAGCAAUUCUGAUGGAGCGACUACAUGUGACUCUGAGGCCUAUCCUGGAAAUCCCAUUGCUUCUCACCAGAAAUGAGGUCAGAAGCAUUGCUGUCAGUCACACCUUUAAAAUCGAGAAGGCCCAGCGAGAACUGGGCUUCGUUCCUGAGAAGUUCAGCCUGACGGACUCUGUGGACCAGUACCUGCGGAGCCGCCCGGGACGUCCAGCCGCCUCGUUCCCCAGCACACGCUUCCUGUUCCUGCUGCUCCUGCUGCUCCUGAUCGGACUCUUCUCACUCCUGAUCUGCUGGGAAUAAUGCUCACUUCUCAGAGAAAAGCCUUAGGGUUUGAACUAGGGCUGGGCGAUGUAGAGAAUUGAAAAUUACACUGUAAAAAAAA